AUGGCGACUGGUCCUCUGCGGUUUCGAACACCACAUAUCGAUGAGCUUCCAGCCACUCAGUCACGGCAGGCACCUGGCUUUGCUUGGGUAGCAGUCUCCGGGGCGCAAAAUGACCCGUCCAAAAGUUGGGGCACGACAAAUCGCAAACGCGCAAGAGCUUCUGUAGGCGGUCAGACAGACCAACAGCGAGAAGCGCUCUCAGCAAGACAACAACGUGAGGUAGAGCGCAGGAUCAGAGAUCUCAACAGCGACAAUUCGAAAGAUGUGGUCAUCGAGCUGCCGAGGAAGCCAGGCACUGCCAGUGCCGUGAAGGCAGGCAAGACGACAAAUACCAAGAAGAUCUUGGCUUCUGGAAAGAAUUUUGCACAUUACUUGGACGAUGAGGAAGCCGAGAUAGCAAGGACGGGGAGGAGAGAGGGCGAGGGAGAAGCGCUACCCCAACCGCAGAGGGCAAGCAAGACACCACUUGCACGCCGAAAGACGAGAGAAGACAGCAGUAUGAGCAUCAGUCCGGCGCCUUCAUCCAACUCGAUGGGACCUCCACCAUUACCUCGAGGAGUAAAUGGCUCUGCGGGCGCGUCCAUGCAGGAUGAUAAUGCUGAGGAGGACGACGAUUAUUCUUUCGGCAUGCCAUCAGAGGCCGACAUUGAAGCUCUACUCAGCCUUCCACCGCUCACGUACAGCCAAGCUCGAGCGGCACCACCACCUCCCACCGUACCACCUCGACGUCGUUUCUGCGAGACAUGCGGGUAUUGGGGUCGUGUGAAGUGCAUGAAGUGCGGAACGAUGACAUGCAGUGUCGCUUGCAAAGACGUUCAUGACUUAGAUAGAUGUCUGAAGAUGUAUGCAUAA